CUCCUAAAUUGGCCAUCGACAAUCUAGAGAACGGCUAUCAUGGCAUCGUGAAAGAGAACGAGACCGUAGUCGAAGUCACCCCCGUGAUCAGGGCCGAGGGGGAGGUUUGCCGCUUCCGCAUCGUCAACAAGCACCAUGGGGAGGCGCCAUUCGAUAUCGUCCUCAAGGAUGACGGCUACGCAGAAUUAAGGGCUAAAAGGGUCCUGAACUGCGAGAAGAGGAAGAAUUACAAGUUCGACAUCGCCGCCGUAGGGUGUAAUGGUAAACAGAGUGUCAGCGCCACCGUACAUAUCACAGUCUCUGAUGUCAAUGAGUAUGCUCCUACAUUCUCGGAACCCAGCUACGUGCGACAAGUAGACGAGGGUAGAAUCUACAACGAAAUUGUCAGAGUAGAGGCCACGGAUAGAGACUGUACUCCGAAGUUUGGGGAUGUCUGCAAGUAUGAAAUUCUCACAUCCGAUCAACCCUUCGUUAUUGACAUGGACGGUGUUAUUAGAAACACUGAACCAUUGGAUUACGAGCGUUCACACAAUCAUAUCUUGUCGGUCAUCGCGUAUGAUUGCGGCAUGCGACAAAGUUUCCCAGCCCUUGUGACGAUCAAGGUCAACAGAGUAUGCAGACUCGGAUGGAGGGGAUUACCUGAAAGGGUAGACUAUGCUCCUAUGACUGGAAAACAGGAAUUGUUCCCAUCUGCUAAUUUAGAAUUGUGCGAUGUACCUUGCACUAUUAGAGAAUUGAGGACUAGAGUCGAUCUGGCUACAAGACACAUCGGAAAAGGUUGCGACAGGGACACUUACUCGGUUCAGUCACAAAGGAAAUUAUGUGGCGCUUCUCCCUCUGCCAUCGAUCUUCUGCCAAAUCCCGGAGUAGGUGCUGAAUGGACAAAACCACUCAUUUCGGACGAGGGUCAUGAGAGCGAUCAGAUGUUUGAGUUUGACGGUGCCACUACUGCAGUAACGAUCCCAACAUCUGUACUAGAGCAUCAGUUACCAACUACAUUUACCAUAUCCACGUGGAUGAGGCACGGACAACAUCCUAGCCAGGACAAACACUUAAAAGAGCACAUUUUCUGCACUGCUGAUGAUCACAAAAUGAAUAGACACCACUAUGCUCUCUUCGUCCGUAACUGUAGAUUGAUCCUUCUCUUAAGGCGGGAUUUCUCAGAAGGAGACCUCAAUAUCUUUCGGCCUGCUGAAUGGAGAUGGAAGAUUUCACAAGUUUGCGACGACCAAUGGCAUCAUUUCGCUAUCAACGUCCGUUUCCCUGACAUUCAACUCUAUAUUGACGGACAGUUGUUCAGAGCCGAAAAGAAGAAUCCUGAAGUAAUCGACGAUUGGCCUCUUCACCCCACCAAAGGAAUCAAUACUACCCUUACUGUUGGAGCUUGCUGGCAAGGUUCCGAUAAUAAGAUGAGACAUCAUUUGAAAGGAUAUUUAGCUGGACUGAGCAUCCUUCUCGGGGAAAAUGAAAAACCAGAAGUCCUAAGUUGCCUUCAUCAAUGCAAAGAAAGUUUACAGGUACCCUCUAUGGAGCUACUCCAACCAGGCAUGGAAUUAUUGACCAACUCAGACUUGACCGAAGUUACCGUCGAAGGAGACAACCGCACAAACUUGGAAACUCUCGUUCGCAAAAUUGGAUACGCCAAUACGAGAGAAUUCCCGACGCCGGGCCGAAGGAAUUUGCGUCUCACCACCACAGUUACCUGCGAUAACGGCAAACAAGUUAAAGUUCCGGAUGCACAAACUUACGUUAUGGUUUUGAGACCACAAACUCCUAGCAUUAUGUUAAACGGAACAGGGAACAUGGCAAGAAAGUACGAAGACUUCAGAAUGGGUGUACGAGUUCUCGCUGAUAUACAUAUAACCGGAGAACAGAAGUUAGACAAAUGUCAAUUGACCAUCUACCCCAACCUUAAUCCGGAUCAUGAAAAUUUAAGUGUGUCUGAGGAAAUGCUUAAACGCUUAGGAAUGGCUGCUAGAAUUUCGAAAGACGGAGUAACUAUUACCGGAUCUGACAUGGUCUAUAACUACCAACAACUAUUGCGCCAAAUUGUCUACACUAAUCGCAAACCUGCCUACUACCUCAACAGGGUCUUCAAGCUUACUUGCUCCGAACUAAAUGGAAGAUUUACCUCAAAUGAAUAUGUUCAAACUCUAACCGUUAUUCAUCCUCAGCCUAAAGAAACAGUUGCGCAUGCUACAAUUAACAAACACAGUGUAGAAAUUCGUCCUGCCUCGGUAAUAUCCCACGACUACAUGGCCUCUGAACAUAUGAACCUCGUAGCUACAGGUGGUUCACACGCCGUUACUAUCAUAGUAGUAGUGUGCGUCGGCUUCUUACUUUUUAUGAUUGUUUUGGGAGUCAUCAGAAUCAGAGCCGCUCACCAUAAAACUUCCAACGAAGAGGCGCAAGAUGGAGAGAUGACCUGGGAUGAUUCUGCUCUUACUAUUACUGUUAACCCUAUGGAGAGCGCUGAAAGAAAACUGGAAGGCGGCCAAACAGUGGACUACAGUGACAGCGAGCAGUCAGAUUCUGAGAGUUCCUCUGAUGACGACAACAUGGAUGGACCGUGCAGAAUUGCCGACUCUUCUGAUGAAGAAGAUGAGCAACCGUGUCGCAUUAGAAAACACGACUAUCAGAACGUCAGUCAACUAGAGUGGGACAAUUCCACUAUGUAA